AUGGAUAAAGUUUCAAGCUUUUUCAUUUUCUUGAUUCUCUCUCUCUACGUUUCUCUCCCGCCACCAGUCUCCUCCCUCUCUCCCGACGGUCAAACGCUACUCUCUCUCCUCUCCUCCGCCGAUUCUCUCUCUAAAACCUCCUCCGCCGUUCUUUCCUCAUGGAACUCAUCUUCAAUAACACCGUGUUCAUGGCAAGGCGUCACAUGUUCACCGCAAAACAGAGUCAUUUCUCUCUCUAUCCCAAACACAUUCCUCAAUCUCUCCUUUCUUCCACCACAACUCUCUUCUCUCUCCUCUCUGCAACUUCUCAACCUCUCAUCCACCAAUAUCUCCGGCGAAAUUCCUCCGUCGUUCGGCUCUUUCCCACACCUCCGCCUCCUAGAUCUCUCUUCAAACUCCAUCUUCGGAAUCAUUCCGCCGGAGCUCGGCCAACUGACUUCCCUUCAGUUCCUUUAUCUCGACUCCAAUCAACUCUCCGGCAAAAUCCCACCUCAAAUUUCAAAUCUUUCAUCCCUCCAAUACUUUUGUAUCCAAGAUAAUAUCAUAAACAGCACCAUUCCACCUCAACUCGGAUCAUUGGUUUCCCUCCAAGAGUUUCGAAUCGGGGGUAACCCGUAUUUGACCGGAGAGAUUCCGUCGGAAUUAGGUUUUUUAUCCAAUCUCACCACUUUUGGAGUCGCAGCCACCGGACUUUCCGGGGUGAUUCCCGCGACAUUCAAGAACAUGAUCAGUCUCCAAACAUUAGCCAUUUACGAUACAGAGAUCACCGGUUCAAUCCCACCGGAACUUGGGUUGUGCUCAGAGCUUAGAAACUUGUACCUUCACAUGAAUAAACUUAAUGGUCCGAUCCCACGUGAAUUGGGAAAGCUUCAGAAGCUCACUAGCUUACUUCUAUGGGGGAAUUCCCUCACCGGAACAAUCCCGCCGGAGCUUUCAAACUGUUCAUCACUAGUUGUAUUCGAUGUCUCUGCUAAUGAACUGAGUGGUCAAAUCCCGAGUGAAUUAGGAAGGUUAACCGUUCUUGAAGAGCUUCAUCUGUCGGAGAAUUCAUUAACCGGCCCAAUUCCACCGGAGCUCAGCAACUGCACUAGCCUUACAGCGAUUCAGCUUGACAAAAACCAAAUCUCCGGCGAAAUUCCAUGGCAAAUUGGAAACUUAAAGAUGUUACAGAGCUUCUUCUUGUGGGGAAACAUGGUUUCCGGCAUGAUUCCAUCAUCUUUCGGCAACUGCACUGAGCUUUACUCACUUGAUCUUUCCAAAAACAAGCUCACAGGUGAAAUCCCAGAUGAAAUAUUCGGGUUAAAGAAACUGAGCAAAUUGUUACUACUUGGGAAUUCACUGUCGGGUAAAGUUCCUAAAAGCGUCGGGAAAUGUCAAUCAUUAGUUAGAUUAAGGCUUGGAGAGAAUCAACUUUCGGGUCCAAUUCCUAAAGAAAUAGGACAAUUACCAAACCUUGUGUUUCUUGAUUUAUACACGAAUCAUUUCUCAGGUGUUUUACCAAAUGAAAUCGGUAACAUUACAGUUCUUGAGCUCUUGGAUAUUCAUAACAAUCACAUUUCCGGUGAAAUCCCGCCUGAAUUAGGCGAGUUGGUGAACCUCGAGCAGCUCGAUUUGAGUCAAAAUGGAUUCACCGGUGAAAUUCCGGCGAGUUUCGGUAACUUCAGUUACUUAAAUAAACUCAUCCUCAACAACAAUCUACUCACUGGUACAAUCCCGGCAUCCAUUAAAAACCUGCAAAAGUUAACACUUCUUGAUCUGAGUUCCAACAGUCUUUCCGGUCAAAUCCCGCCUGAAAUCGGGUCAAUCACAAGCUUAACCAUUAGUCUUGACUUGAGCUGGAACCGAUUCAAAGGUGAAAUACCCGAGUCAAUCAACGGGUUGACUCAGUUACAAUCACUCGAUCUUUCACACAACUCCUUUCAUGGCAAAAUUAUGAUCUUGAGUUCACUUACUUCCCUCACUUCCCUCAACAUUUCCUACAACAACUUCUCCGGUCCAAUUCCAGUGACACCAUUUUUCCGAACCCUAACACCGGAAUCAUUCAUUCAGAACACGGGUCUUUGCGAAUCAAUCGACGGGUAUUCCUGUUCUUCACGUUCACCCACAAGAAACCGAUUAAAAUCAGCAAAAACUGCAUGUUUAGUGAUCGUAAUUCUCGUUUCCAUUACCAUCGUCGCCGCCGCUACCUGGAUCUUCAUGUCAAGAAACCGGUACAUGAUCAAGAAUUCUUUACCCGACCAAAAUCCGGACUCGAGGGGCGACGAUUUUUCAUACCCGUGGACGUUUAUACCCUUCACAAAGCUCGGAUUUUCAAUCGAUAACAUCUUGGAUUGCUUAAAAGACGAGAAUGUAAUCGGAAAAGGGUGCUCAGGCGUCGUAUACAAAGCGGAAAUGCCAAACGGAGAGAUUAUUGCAGUCAAGAAGCUAUGGAAAACCAGAAAAGAUGAAGAACCUGCAAUCGAUUCUUUUUCAGCAGAGAUUCAGAUUCUAGGUCACAUUCGGCAUAGAAAUAUCGUCAAACUUUUAGGGUAUUGUUCCAAUAGAAGUGUAAAGCUUUUGCUUUACAAUCAUAUUGCAAAUGGGAAUUUACAGCAGUUGUUAACUAAUCGGAAUUUGGAUUGGGAAACGAGUGUAAACAACAUUCUUCUUGAUUGCAAAUACGAAGCUUAUUUGGCUGAUUUUGGGCUUGCGAAGCUCAUGAGUUCUACAAAUUAUCAGCAUGCCAUGUCAAGGGUAGCUGGAUCCUACGGAUACAUCGCUCCAGAAUAUGGCUACACGAUGAACAUAACGGAGAAGAGUGAUGUUUAUAGUUAUGGGGUCGUGUUGUUAGAGAUCUUGAGUGGGCGUAGUGCUGUUGAAAAUCGGGUAAGAGAGGGUUCACAUAUAGUUGAGUGGGUGAAAAAGAAAAUGGGAAGCUUUGAGCCUGCAAUAACAAUACUUGACACAAAGCUUCAAGGUCUACCCGAUCAAAUGGUGCAAGAAAUGCUACAAACACUUGGGAUUGCAAUGUUUUGUGUGAACUCUUCGCCUUCCGAGAGACCAAACAAUGAAAGAAGUGGUUGCAUUGUUAAUGGAAGUUAA